AUGAACGGCUGGAUUCGUUUGGCAAUACUAACCGUGCUGCUCUGCGGCAUUGUGACUGCUCGAAGAGGACGGUUCCGGGUUCCAAUACGGAAAGGGCAUAAGCGUGGAGAUCGUCAUUUUGCCAUUCGGCCUCACGAUGAAGUUGGUCGUCGUAUGCGCCAUUAUAAACGAAGCGUGAACAAGACAUUCCCGUUCGAGCAAGGCAUGGGCAUCUAUUUCCAAGGCGAUAUUAUGCUGAGACCUGAACUGGAAGAGAAUGCCAUACGUUCAGACAACAAUCCGAACGUAAGAUGGCCUAAUGGUGUUGUUCCAUUCAAAAUAACUGGAAAGUUCACUGCUGAUGAGAUAGCUAUCAUCAAGAAAGCUUUGAGUAACAUUUCUGCUCAAACAUGUAUCCGUUUCGUUGAUUGCCAAAAUGGUCAAAUAUGUUUACCUAUCGAUAACAGUGCAUCUGGUUGUUGGUCGUAUGUUGGAAGGAGUGACUAUCAACAAUAUAACAAUGUGAAUUUGCAGACUCCCGGUUGUAUGACAACUGGUACCGUAACCCAUGAAAUUUUGCAUGCUCUUGGACUUUAUCACGAGCAUAUUCGUCCUGAUCGUGAUGAAUAUCUCCUAAUUGACAGAAGCGCAUUAUUACCAGAAUACAACACAACUACUUUCUGGGCUGCCAAUUACGAAAAGAUGCAAUACCCACAGGUUGAAUUGUUCGGCCUUUCGUACGACUAUGGAAGUGUGAUGCAUUAUUCGAGAUAUGCAGCAGCAGCCAGCUCCAACAAGCCGGUAUUCGUAAAUAAAAAACCCUGGAACAAAGAUUUCGGCAAUGAGGUCGGUAUGUCAGCAAGUGACAUUACAAGGGUCAAGAAGAUGUAUUGUAACGCUCUGUCUGGAUAGACAUCCUUGGAUGUUAAUCCUAUAUCCGGCUUUGUAGGUUUUACAGUUCAAUUUCCCUAUGAUAAACUCUCAAAUAAAACAUAUUUCGCAGAAU